UCUGUCUAUUACAGGAAGGGAGAAUAUGGACUGUCGGGCUGUUUUGAGAGAAGCAGACUUUCAGUUCCAGAAGCAGAACUUAAGAACCGCAGAAGAAUUCUACACCAAGUUCAUUCAUAUUUGCACGGAAGGGGAAUGGAAAAACAAGUGCUGUGCAGAGGACCUGGCUAAUGCAUACAACAACAGAGGCCAAAUCAAGUACUUAAGAGUAGACUUUUAUGAAGCCAUGGACGAUUACACAUUAGCAAUUCAAAACAAAGAAGAUUUUGAAGUUCCCUAUUAUAAUCGAGGACUGAUACAUUAUAGACUAGGAUUUUUUGACCAGGCAUUCGAAGACUUCAAGAAAACAUUGACCUUGAAUCCAGAUUUUAAAGAUGCCAGAUUGAGUCUUGAACAGACACUAAUAGAUAAAAAUGAGAAAGAAAGUAGAGGAUACUAGGUUAUGGCAGCCGGAUUAUAAACGUUGGUUUGUGUGUGUACUAUUUGUUAUGAUGUGGUGGCUAGUAUUUGCCAGGCUGACCAAAUCCACAAAGAAAACUUGGCCACACCAUCACAACAAUUUUGCAAUUUGUAUUUAUUGCGUGAAGGCUUGUGCAUGAAGUCAGAAGUGAUGAGUCCACUGUCAUCUUUAGAGAUUUUAAAGAUUAAAUUAAAACAUUAACACACAAGAUUACAGUUACACCAUUAAAACAGUUCCCAAAAUUUCUACUUAACCAGACUCUCAACACACACACCCUUUAAGGCAACAGUCCAAAUAGAUUCCAAAUUUAUAAAGUCAAGCAGCAAUAUCAUCACAAGCACCCAGUGGACAAUGCACUUCCAAAAGCUUUUAACACAAUUUUGGUUACUGGAACAGCAAACUUCUUCAGGAUGGUUAGAGGCUUUUUCUCCAAGUCUGUUUCACAUAGCCACCUUUCAAGAUUUCACUCGGCCACACCUCACGCAGCCUUUCAUCCUUCUUGAAAUAAAUUUCUCCCUUUUUGAUUUGUAAAUCCCAUUGUUUCUACUCGUCUUUAGAAAUUACUUUUCCCAGAAUAUAAAAACCUUUCAUGUUAGCAUCAUGGCCAGCACUUUUGGGAAAAAUCAACAACCUUGCCUUAUUUAUCUUGCCAAUUAUAAAUAACUUCCAUGUCCCUUUGAAAAUCAGACACUUCUCCACUUAUCUAAAAAUGCAAAUUUCAUUCACACCGUAUCUGCUGACCUCACCCUAGCUCUACUCAUCUCCAUUUCAAAUGCCUGUUUUACACCUCACUUCUUCUAUAAUUUAAACCUUGCAGUCUAACCAUCUCUAGUUUAAUUAAAUUAGCCACACAUAUAGAACCAAACAUGCACACACAUAAACCUGCUUUAAAGUAUCCCACAAUAAUAUUAGGAAAAAUAUGAUAGUUCCUUGACCAUCAUAAUUUUAAAAGACAGUUUCAGUUUAUCAACCCAUCUUACAUUGCUUACUAUAUUCAUUCAAAUACACAAAACUAUUACACUACCAGGUACAUGCAUUAACAUAAUAUAUACAAAUCCUUUGUAUCAACAGAGACAUCCGCAAUUAAAUUUUCUCUUCCUGCCACAUGUAUAACCUGCAAAGUAAACGGUUGCAGUAAUAAACUCUUUCUGAACA